AUGGGUACCAAAUUUGACCAAGAUGGGACCGUUAGCACCGGUAGAGAUGCCAAACAUGGCCUAAGCGACGGUAACUUUUAUCCACCUAUACAAGAAAAGACUUCCUGUAAAAGGAGGCGAAAUGAGAAGGCACCUUUCAAGAUAUAUGUGAAUCACAACUCUUUGCUUGAUGACGACGAUGCAGCAGAGGACGAAAUCAACACCAAUGAUAGUUCCGUAUUUACAGGGUCCGAAUUUUCUACGAACUACUCAAUAGAGGAGGAUGACCUUGGUAUUGCCGCCGGGAACUCCACUCAUAGGAAAGAGCCUUUAAAGAAAAGAAAGAAAAUAACCGUUGUAAAGAAAGCCGCUAAAGUAGAAUCCCAGAUUUUGGUUAGUUCUCUACCAGAGCGAUACCAAACGUUAUUUCCGUUUGAUAGAUUCAACAAAAUGCAAUCGGCAGCCUUCAGUACACUAUAUGAAAGCAAUGAAAAUUGCGUGGUUACUUCACCUACAGGUUCUGGGAAGACCGUUUUGCUCGAAUUGGCUAUCCUGUCAACUCUAAACAGUAUCCAAAAAAAGUCAGACUCUAAUACAAAGAUACUGUAUAUUGCUCCCACCAAAUCGUUAUGCUGCGAGAUCUCGAAGAAAUGGGAACCCAAGUUUCUUGACUUGACAGUGGGGAUGCUCACAAGUGACACAUCUUAUCUCGAUAAUGACAGCGUGAAAAAGUGCAACAUUAUAAUCACCACACCGGAGAAAUGGGAUUUACUUACGCGGAAAUGGAAAGACUAUAAGAGAUUAUUCGAGCUGGUCAAAUUGGUCCUAGUGGAUGAAAUACAUACAAUUAGUGAAAAAAGAGGUGCCACCCUGGAAGUAGUUUUGACAAGAAUGAAUAACAUGUGCCCCGAUAUCAGAAUUGUUGCUGCAAGUGCCACUAUACCAAAUAUCGAAGAUGUAGCCUCUUGGCUAAAAGCUAAGAAUCGGAAAUCGGCAAAGAUCCUAAAAUUUGACGAUGAAUAUCGACAAGUUACUUUGGAAAAACACGUAUACGGUUUCCAAUUCUACAAUAAAAAUUCAUUCCAGAGAGACGCUUUCUACAAUACCAAACUGUCAGAAGUUUUGUUGGAACACUGCAAAGGUAAACCGACAAUGAUUUUUUGUCCAACAAGGGCCUCAACUGUCUCCACAGCAAAGUACUUAGCGAAACACGUUGCCUCAUCUUUACGGAUACCGCGGAAUAAAGGCUCAAUCACUCUAUCGGACCCAGCCAUUCAGGACUGUUUCAACGCUGGGGUCGGAUUUCAUAAUGCAGGUCUUUCAUUACCAGAUAGAACCGCAAUGGAACAGAACUUCAUGAAUGGAAAAGUUCGGAUACUUUGCUCAACAUCGACAUUAGCUGUAGGCGUGAAUUUACCAGCAUAUCUUGUUGUAAUCAAGGGGACAAGUAUGUGGAACAGUUCAGAAAACAAGGAAUAUUCCAAUUUAGAGAUUUUACAAAUGAUCGGUAGAGCCGGGCGGCCACAGUUUGAGAAAACGGGUUGCUCAGUAAUAAUGACCGAUGUUGAGCAGAAAAGUAAGUACGAGAAGCUACUCGAUGGAAAUGACAUGCUGGAAAGUACCUUACAUUUAGAUUUGAUUGAGCAUAUUUGCUCAGAGAUCUCAUUGGGAUGUAUAACGUCCAUAGAAAGCGCUGUUUCAUGGAUUGAAAAGAGUUUUUUCUUUGUGCGCUUCCAGAAAAACCCAUCAGCAUACUGGCAAGUGACGAAACAUCUACGAUCAGACAUCAAACAGCACGCGGUUCUCAAAAACUUUUGUCAGGGGCUGGUCAAGCAGUUGCUAGAAGCAAUGUUGAUAGUUGAUCAAGAUGGCACACUUUUGUGUACUCCCUUUGGCCAGGCAAUGGUCCGGCAUUAUGUUCUAUUCGAUACGAUUAAAAGAUUUAUCGGUGCCAAAAAAGGGCGUUCUCUGCAGGAUGUCUUGGAUAUUUUGGUGCGUUCAGAAGAAUUUUCCGAGAUGCGUCUAAGAUAUAAUGAAAAGAAAUUGUACAAGGAAAUAAACCUCUCACCACUAAUAAGGUAUCCAUAUCUCACGGAGAAAAAACAAAGCCAAAUCAUUGACCAAACCUUUCAGAAGACAUCUUUGCUUAUUCAAUAUGAACUAGGUGGCCUUGAGUACCCAUUGCAUGAUUGGGCACGUAAAUUGCAUUCUGUACUCGUUCAAGACAAAUUGCGAGUGUUUCGGCACUCUUACCGUCUACUGAAGUGCAUGGUUGACACCUUUAUUGAACAGAAGGAUGGCCUCUCUUUGAAAAACGCACUGUUUUUGUUAAGAUGCAUCAAUGCCAAUGCAUGGGAGGAUAGUUGUAUGGUAUUACGCCAACUGAAAUCCAUCGGUUUAGUCUCUGUACGGAAAUUGGCAAAUCAUAAUGUUACUACUCUACAAGCAUUGAAACAACUAGAUGAUGGCGAGAUUGAGUACUUCUUGGGGUUGAAGCUAGGAAUGGGUGCCAAAAUCAAAGAAGAUAUUCUCCUAUUACCUAAGCUAACAAUACAGAGCAAAGUGACUUCCUGUAAAAAUUUGAACGACGGAAUAAAUGUUGUUUUCAAAGUUGAGAUAUCAGCGGAAUUUAGAACUGCGGUAUGGCAUGGCUCACACCUCUCUCUGGACAUUGAAAUUUUGAAAGAUUCCGACGAACUUGUAGAUUUCCGUAGAAUCCAGUUGAGUCAACUCAAGGAGCCGAAGGCAUAUAGAGUAUGUGCGUUCUUUGACUCUAUCGAGUCUGAGCUAGUGUUCUCAUUGCAUUGUCAAGAAGUGGCAGGACUGGGUGAAUCGAUUACUUUUUGCGCUAAUGAACUACCCAUCGAAUACAGGAACAAAUUGGGGAGGUAUAGUCAUCACAAAUCGCCGAAGGGCACACUUUUCAUACCAGAAAGUGAUGCAAGCAUUGACAGUCUAUCAUCUGAUGACAGCCUACUUCAGUAUUUGGGUGAUGAAAAAUACAAAGGUGACAUGUCCCGAAGGAAAACUACAGCCAACGGGCCAUGCUUAAAAGGAGGCGCGACUUUAAAAAGGGCCAACAUACUUGAAGAUGUUCACCCUGCUAAAGAGUGCAGUACUCGACAACGUUCUGUGGGAUCUUUUUCGAAACAACGGCUUAAAGAAAGCGAAGUGGGCAAUACGGGAUCCAAACACCAAACGCAACGGGGAAUUCGAAGUAUCGCAGACUUAUCUGGGGGAUAUCGCUACGAUAACUUCGACAAAACGCGUUCCACUGCUACCCGUAAUUCCAGUUUAUCGGUCCUCGAACACGACGAGCUGUCGAUUUUGAGGGAUGAUACUGAUUUAGAAACACAUACCAAUGCUCCACCCCUAGAAAGCACAUAUAGUCCGACUAUUGAAAGUAUAUCAAUCGAUUCUGAGGGUAGCUGUGUUGCUGUGUUGGACCUGGAAUCUACGCAACUUCCGGCACCUGACGGGGCCGCUCAACAGACCACAUCGUCUGGGAGUAGCAUUGAAUCGUGUUCCCUUGAUUUCUUGGGAUCAGAUGUCGAAGUUGAUUGA